AAGGUUAUAAUAAAAAUUAAAUUAAAAUUAAAUUUAUAAUAUCAAUUUUUUAAAUUUUAAUAUCGAUUUUCUAAUUACAUAUUCAUAUCUCGAUAAACCUAAAAUAAAAUGAUGAGUUAAUACAUUAUACACUACACAUAAUAAUAGUGGUGUCGGAAUAAAUGAUAUAUUCAAAAUUCUUUGGUCACGUGAGGGACCGAAGUUUCAAGAAUAUCACACUGGGGAGAUGUUCUUUGCUAGCAUUAAUUUUCACGUUGUUCAUGUAUGUCAACAUAUGGUUCAAAGAAGAAUACAUGAAUGAUUAUACCGCGCGAUCAUGCAUGACAACCAAGAUUCGAAAUUUUCAAAAUAAAGAUGCUGAAAAGAAUACGUGCCUUGAAGAUACAGAAAUCCUGAAAUUCGGCAAAUUACCGACAUACGUUAUUAAGAAAUGGCCAAGUGUUUACGAAUCAAGACGACGUUCAUUAAGGGAAAAAUGUCAAGUGUGGCUGACUAGGAAAAAAUUAAAUGUCAAUCAAACGAUGAUCUUACCCCCUCCUCUUGAAUAUUACAAGAACUUGGUAGCCGAACCCAUAAAUUUUGGUUUGCUGUAUUGCAUUGUUUACAAGGUAGCCUCCACUAACUGGCUAAAAAUGUUAAUGGUUCUAUCUGAAUUUAACAGUAAAUGCGCGAACAGGACUCAAGAAAUGAUUAAUCGUGAUGAAGGAGAUUCAUCAAAAGAUGCAUCGCAAAACUUAGCAGAUUCCAUUUCCAUGAUAGAGGCUCACAAUGGGGGUAACUUACGAUUAUCUUCCCAUUACGUUAAGGGUUGGUCCAAAGAGUGUGUGGGAAGAUUGGCCGAACGUUUUAUAACAUUUUUCUUCACCAGACACCCUUUUGAGAGGGUAGUUUCGGCUUAUUUGGAUAAAUUUACUCCGGCAGCCAGCGGGAUGAAUUAUUAUUAUCAAAAACAGAUUGGAUCUAUGAUAGCUAAUAAAUUUAGGCGUAACGCUUCCAUAAUAUCUAGAUUUCUUGGUAACGAUAUUAGUUUCCCAGAAUUUAUCGAUUAUUUACUAUACGAAAACAAGGAGAGAAAUGGAAACUUCGAUUUGUUAUACAGACCUAUAACUCAAAUGUGUCACCCAUGCGUCACCCCUUACCAUUUUAUAGGUAGAUAUGAAACAUUUCAGUCAGACACGAAAUAUAUUCUCAAAGAGGCGUCUACAAGAAGGAGUAAAACAUCAUUUAAUACUAAAGAUAGAUCAGAAGAAGGUAUUGGAGAUGAAAAUAUCUUGACAUUUCCUACUUUGAGACAUGAUACUCUGGAGAGGCGCACUAGAACUGAUAGAUUAAAGACCUUAGAAUAUUUUAACACUUUGAACAGAACUCAAAUUUUAAAGCUAGUAGAUAUUUACAAAGAUGAUUUUUACCUUUUCGAUUACAGUUAUCUUGAUUACCUGCAACCUUUAUAAAUAUUGUUUAAAAUAAACCUCAUAUAUGAAGAAAUUGUUAUUUAUUUAUCAUAGAAAAUAUCAGAAAUUAUUAAAAACAAACUUUAUGUUCUGUUCUGAAUAUUAGAUAGGAAUAGAAAUGUAGACCAUAAUGAUUUUGUUUUGAAGUGAAAAAUCUUAGAAAAGUUAUUAUUAAGAUUAGAUGAUUUCGUAUCAGGGAUAUGAAGUAUCUGUAGAUACAAAAAGGGGUUCCAUAGGGCGCAUCUGUCGAUUAAUGUCCAUAAUAUUUUUGUAAAUAUUAUAUUGCGCAUGUUUAGUAAAUCUCUUUUAUCGAUCAUCACAAUAUAAGAAACACAAAUUUUGUAAUUUUGAAUUUGAUAUAAAUAAAGCAAUUUUUUUUACUC